AUGGCUCCGCCUAGAGCGCCACUCGCGCAGAGUGAGUCGAAAGCACGCUUUUUUGAGAGACUAGGUCUGGACGAACGGAAUGAACAGCAUCGUCGGUUAUAUGCAAUGAUGAAGGAAGAAGCAGUCGAAGGCCGUCGAAGAAUAGCAGCCACUCCUGCGUCGCUGGCACCACAGUUUCAAAACGACCCAACGGUGGAGCCUCCAUACAGCAGCUCUCAGAUCAGUGAGACCGCGAUUCAUCGAGAGAUCUUGCAAAUCUAUGCCCGUGCGCGACGCGAAACGAGACCCAUCUACGACCUUGGGAGAGACACCGCCGGCAUCGAAGAAGAGAAUUGGGUUAUCAGGUGGAUGCUGUGGCAUGUGUUUCGUUAUCGCGACAAUCGCAACAAGAACCGACGGACCGCUUCACCAGGAGACGAGCCUGAUUCCAGUGGUAACAUGAGUCCGGACGGUGGUUCGGGUAGUGCUGGAAGCAGUCAAACUCCCACUACGACUCAGGCAGCCCCGGGUCCAUCACGGUACUACGAUCCAGUCCGAGACACAUAA